GUGUGUGGUGGCUGAAAUCAGCUGAUUGCAUUGAGUGAGUCGCAGCUGCCGCCGUCUUCGCGUAUCUCUUCGGUUGUACGGUGUGUGUGCGACGACGAUGAGCAGCAUUCUGUGCUGUGUGUCGAAAAAGAUUCUAAAAAUAGGAGAAGUAAUAGUAAAGAAGAGUGAAAUAAACUACUGAACGACGACGACAACAGAAAAAACACUUUGGCCCGAGAGUUCUCGUCGAAAUUCACAAAGAGCAAAAGUGCUCCGCGAAACCAAGAAAUGAACACAAAAUAAAUAAAAUACAAAUAGAAGAAAAUAAUACAAUACACAAAAAAAGUUAAAUAAAAAAGGCCACAGUGAAAAAAAGAAGUUACGCCAAAACUCAGUGCGAAAAAUUGUGACGGGAAUUCAAAGAAAGAAAAAUAAAAACAAAAAAUUUAGUUUAGCUCCUCAACGUAUGGAUGGUGGCAGUUCAACAAGCAAGGAAAAAAAAGGUUGUAUUUGCAGCAACGUUUAGAAAGCGAGGCACAAUAAAUAUCCCAAUAUACGCACACAGUGUUGCCAAUCAUAGAUGGUGUUAAUGAGAAUACAGAGAGCCAGCCAAGCAGGGAGAGCGCCAACAGCCGCUAUCAGCAACUAGGAGAGUUACCGGACGACAACACAAAAACCGUUAUCCAAUCAACUAACCAACUAAUAUCCAAUUGGAUACUCUUGUUAGACAAGGACUGAUUAGAAUUUACAUAUACAUACACUUCCGUUAUUCACAUUUUUUCCCCCUGAAUCUGGGUCAGUUGGAGUUGAGACAAGCAGCAGCAGCAGCAGCAGUGGCAGCAAUAGCAACAAAACGUAGUAGUAGCAGCAACAGCGGCAGCACCAGCACCAGCAGCAACAUCGUUCAGUCAGUCAGUCAGUCAGUUAGUCAGUCAGUGGUAGCAAGUAGCCCCUAACAGAAACGAGUGCUUCGUAUCGGCGGAGAGUAGAGCGAGCGCCAGCGGAGAAGCUGACGAGGCCGACGACAGCAACAACAACGACUUCGGCGACUACGUGAACCUCUAGGAGGAGGAGUGCCGCGAAGAAACAAGUAGAAGAAGAAGAAGACGAGCAAAACAGCGUAAAAAUCAAUUGAACGACAACCAUCAAGUCGACGAGUGGUACAAAAUUUUCAAUAUUUUUUGGUGGUCCCGAAUUUUAAGAGAAACUAAACUAGAAAAAAAAACAAACGGAAAAAACCAAACCUGGAGUGUUAACUGCUUAACCAAGAAAGAAAAAAGAAAAACAAAAACAAAAAACCAACUAAGAAAAAGUAGUUGAAACAUCGCUCUCUGGCAAAGAGACGUAAUAAAAAUCGAAAAUCAAAGUCGCAAAUAAAAAAGGAAGACGAGCACCAUACCAUCGCCAACCAACCAACCACAACAUCACAGAGUAGAGCCAAGCAAGUAGGCAGGAAUUCAGGCACUCAGCCAGCCAGCCAGGCAUAUACUCGCUCAAAUUAUUUCCACACACACACACACACACUCUCGUUCAGAGACACACAGGGACACAGAGGCAGUCACAAGUCGCUCACUCAAGUCUACUUACACUCACAAAGUGAGUUAAGUGAGCCCCCCGCCCACCCCCCAAAACACCUACUACUCCCUAACACAAUUGAAGGGAUUCAACUAACACACCAUCAUCAUCAUCAACAAGAACAAGAACAACAACAACAACACGGUCACCACGUUUGAUUGUUUUGUGGAGGGGUCUUUUGAUUUGUUGCCGCAAUAGAUUUUCUGAAGUGUGCCAUCGCGAUGGCUGCUCCUGCAGCCUGUACGCGUUUCUCGGACAACUAUGACAUCAAAGAGGAGCUGGGCCGAGGCGCAUUUUCCAUUGUGAAACGUUGCGUUCAAAAAUCGACAGGGAAUGAGUUUGCUGCGAAAAUAAUAAAUACGAAAAAAUUGACAGCUCGCGAUUUUCAGAAAUUGGAGCGCGAGGCGAGAAUCUGCCGGAAAUUGCAUCACCCGAACAUAGUGCGACUGCACGACAGCAUACAGGAGGAGAACUAUCAUUAUUUGGUAUUUGAUUUGGUGACCGGAGGCGAAUUGUUCGAGGAUAUUGUGGCCAGGGAAUUCUAUUCGGAGGCAGAUGCGUCGCAUUGUAUUCAGCAGAUAUUGGAAUCGGUUAAUCACUGCCACCAGAAUGGUGUGGUCCAUCGUGAUCUAAAGCCGGAGAAUUUGUUGCUGGCCAGCAAGGCGAAGGGUGCCGCUGUCAAAUUGGCCGACUUCGGUCUGGCCAUCGAGGCAGGGGAUCAUCAGGCCUGGUUUGGUUUUGCCGGCACUCCGGGCUAUCUGUCGCCCGAGGUGCUCAAGAAGGAACCCUACGGCAAACCGGUGGACAUUUGGGCUUGUGGUGUUAUCUUAUACAUUCUCCUGGUCGGUUAUCCACCGUUUUGGGAUGAGGACCAACACCGCCUGUAUUCCCAAAUCAAGGCUGGAGCUUAUGAUUAUCCAUCGCCCGAAUGGGAUACGGUAACACCAGAAGCCAAAAAUCUAAUCAAUCAAAUGCUUACCGUAAAUCCCCACAAACGUAUCACAGCUGCUGAAGCCCUCAAACAUCCCUGGAUAUGCCAACGUGAACGUGUCGCCUCCGUGGUUCACCGUCAAGAAACUGUUGAUUGCCUCAAGAAGUUCAAUGCUCGCCGCAAACUGAAGGGUGCCAUUCUGACCACAAUGUUGGCCACUCGAAAUUUCUCCAGCAAGAGCAUGGUUACCAAAAAGGGCGAAGGUUCGCCCGUCAAGGAUUCCACUGAUUCAUCCAAUGCCACAUUGGAGGAUGAUGAUGUUAAGGCCAGACGCCAGGAAAUAAUCAAAAUUACCGAACAACUAAUUGAGGCCAUCAACAGUGGAGAUUUUGAU